AAUACCGAAAUAAAUAGACAGGUUACUUUUUUAUAUAACAAGUAUGCGUUAUAGUUUAAAAUGCAUUUGUUAACUUGUAUACAUGUAGUGUGAUGACGCAGUAACAAAGAUGGGACUAGGAGCUAGUGUUGCGAGUAAAAACAAAAACCUGACUCAAAGUCAGACUACUGAUAACAAAUCUAUGGACGAUGUUCCUGUCAUUUUGGAGCUAAAAAAUGAUGUGGCUAUGUUAGAGAAGGCUGUACACGACGACAAGGCGCUUGAUGCUUUUAUCGAGGGCACUCAGACGCUUUCAACACGUGCAUCGCCGAUAGCAGACGACAAAAACGUCGUAGUGACUGAUUACGUUCAAACGACAUCCAGACGACUUGAGAAAUACCUUGAUAAUAUCGAAGAGAAUGUUGAAAAAGUCAAAGAAACGCUUGAGGCAUUUCAGAAGGCGGUAAUGGCCAGAUGUCAGCAGUAUUCAGAAAACGAGAAACACAAUAAACAGGGCCGGGUGAGACUACAACUACGUGUGGUGGAUGACUUGUUGAACGGGGCAAAGUCGCGACUGCAGGCGGUCAAGGGCGAUAACUCCUCCAGCAACCAGAUAAAUGCAUGCAAGCGACAGGUGCAAGAGCUACAGCUCUUCCGGUCAGAUUUGCAAGCUGGUAAGGUCAAGGACGGCGCUUCCGGUAAGGGUGACAGGAAGGACCACCUGGGUGGUCUUUUGCAAGGAGAGAGCGGAAAAGAGGUUUUGGAGGAUAUUCUAAGAUGGAGGGAUGAGACUUUACGACUGAGAGGAAAGUAUGACUCUCUUUUGGAUAAUAAUGAAAAACUUGUCCAUGAGAGUGAAGAGCAUAUUUCUACGCUCCAAAUCACGAACAAGAAACUGAUAAGAGAACUUUCUGAUCUCCGGGGCGAGACAGUUACUGUAGACGCGAAAGCGGAAAAAGCGAACGAAAGAGUUCAGAAAAUUGAAGAAAAGCUACUUGAAGAAAGGCUUAGUCAUGAAGUCGAGAUUAACGCAUUAAAAGCGAUGCUUGAAAAGAGAGAUGCGAUGUUAGCGACGUUAGUAAGUGGAAAGGCUAGUAAACCAGGAAGUCCAGAACCAGAGAAGGGUGCAGUUAGACUCACUCCAGAGGGAUUUCUUGACGAAACAGAAACAAAAGCUAAUACAGAUCUUCCAGUUAAACAGGAGGAAGAAAUAAUUGAAGAUGAUAAUGUUGAAAAGCUUAAACCUACUGAGGAAACUCCAAAUGAGAUAGGUGAGGUUGAUUCUUUCAGAGAAUGGAUAAAGGCGUUUGAUGGCCCUAAAGAUGAAGCAGUUGCCGUAAGUGAACAAUCACAGACACAAGAAGAGAAGGAAGAUGCGCAUAUUAAAUCUACAUUGGAUAAAUUACAAGCAGAAAUGAUAGAUACUAAUGAAGGCGAUGUUGAUAGUGAGUGUGAAGAUGACGACAAAAAAGCCACUCCCGAUGAAAAUAAUCAGGAAGAUAGUUAUAUUGCUGGUGUACCACAACAGAAAGAUGUAGAUGUGAAAAUGAAACCACAGAAAGUUAAUGAAAAGACACAUGCAAACACUAGUAGGACCAAUGAAGAACAACCUGUAAAACUCUCUUUAGGGACGAAUGAACAGCCUGAUGAUGUUGUUGUAGUUGAAGAGGGGACGACAAAGGAAAUUAUCUUUCGACGUAAUGACGGCGAUAUUGACGGCAGUUUCGCGUACCACCGCGGCGUCGGUGCGGUGAUCCGGACGUCAUGUUCGACGUUCGGGGUGGACAGCGUGACGUGCGAGGUUACUGAUGCCGUCGGAACUGACAUGCUUCCGGAUCUUAUGGACGGCGAGCGGCCAGUCAGCUUCCACAUAAACUUUCAGCAGAAAUUCGAGUCACAUUUUAAACUUAAGGCGGAUGACACACUGGCAGUGUAUGUCCCGCACCGGCCCGUAGGCGCGGGGGAAGAGGUGUGUCUCGUGCAACGCGUGGAUGGUGGAGACUGGGAACCGUCCGACCCGGCCGUCGACGCUCCGGCUUCCCUAGACCCGUCCAUACCCUUCGUUGGAACUGUCCUGCACGAGAUCACAGACAUCAAGCUCGUUGUCAUUGCGCGUGAGAAGGCUGAUCACGUGAUCGCUGGUGAGGAUGACGUCAGACACGUGUGUACGGGCGAUCCGAGCGUUACCUUAAAUAUCAGCAAAGCGGCCUUCAAGUCCCGGACAGAGGUUAAGGUCAUGGUUCACCAUCGUCACAUCCAGGCCUUGCCGUCUGCCAUCCAGUUGCACGAGGAAUGCGCGCGCAUCGUCACGUGCACGGCCUACGUCGCGCUCGUGUGUGAACACCUUACAUGCGAGGAUAUGUACUUGGCCAUGGAACUUCCGGAGGAAACGGGAAAACCGGAUGUAGCAGGGGAGACUGAGUGCAAGUUCACGAUGUUGAGUCUGGAGGACGGCGGUUGGCGGCUGGCAGACUGCACUUGGCGCCGUGAGGACCGCCUCCUGCACGUGCAUCUCCCUGCCGGGGCCCGGAAGUACAGACUCUUGGGUCUGGAGCUGCCCACGUCCCUCACGGUUGAGGAGCGGUUGGCUGCGGCCCGGGCGCUGCACGAGCAUACUGAACACUAUCUUGCGCGCCUCCUUUUUCGACAGCGCCAAGACGCACCCGACCAGGCUGUUCUCAUAUGCCUCAGGGCUCCACAUGUUAGAAAAGGUAUCCACCAGCUGGCGGAAGCAGGCUACAAUGUAGGCGGGUUCCCUAGCACCCAGGUGUGCAUGGCGGACGGCGACACCCUUUCACUAGAGUUCUCUGGCGACAUCUCAGCCCAGCCUGUUAACGCCGACAAUCUAAGCCUGACAUUUCACUCGCAAAAAGAGAUCGCGUCCCGACAGUUGCGUCUUGUUCCAACAAAACAGCCCCUUGGCGGCGACGGACCCACCGCAGCCAACAUGGUGCAAGGAUGCUUGAACGUCCUUCGUAACGGCGACCGAGAGACUAUUCUACACGGUGAGACGGUGUAUUACCCGCGAAGUGGCGUGUUUGACUCGGCGUUUCUCGAGGAAAAUGACGCUCUCGCGAAAAGAGCGGCAGCGGAGACGGCAACAUCCCCUAGACGGACGGACGGACAGAAAGAACAAGGGGUCUUGAAACAGGAUCAAUGAAAUGAUAAACACUAUUUCGGUUUAAGUUUGUUAUUAUGCAGCUGAUAACUUGCGGAGUUUUAUGUUGUUUUUUUUCUGCCUGUCAUUACUUGUUUGAGUAUGGCUUUGUGCGUGGAAGUAAAUUAUUUAUUUAUU